AUGAAGCGCAGCGAGUCGUUUGGACAAGGCAGACGGUCAAUCUCGAGGGUUAACUCUGGCGGCGCCAGCCGACGCAGUUCGGUCACGACCAGCUCCAAGCUGCCCUCAAGCCGAUCGAACGACGGCAUGUUCCAGCGAGACCAAGCACCAAGGAACAUCGCCAACUCGGUUGAGCAGUUCCGGACGCCGGCUGCGCUGAGCUCGCAGUCCUUUCUGGACCUUCUCCAGCACUAUUCUGGGCUCGACUCGAGCGACGAUAUCCAGACCCUCCAGGCCGACCUUGUGCUGGCGUCCCAGAUCGGCCAGUCGCUGCUGACGCAGAAUCAAGAGUUCCACGAGAUUGUGGCGAAGGUCUUUCAGAGCCAGUGCGAUAUCGAGCGCGAGCGCGACGAGCUUCUGGUCCAAGUCGAAGUUCUCAGGGCAUCGUUGGCCCAGGCGACAAAGGAGCGAGAUGCGCUCGAGUCACAGUGCGAGCGCCAGCAGAGAGAUCUCGAUGAUGCCCACGGACGCACUGAGCAGAUGGAGCACCGGAUCCGAAGCCUCGGCUUUGAUGAGAAGGAGAAAGGCAAGGGCAACUUCCUCGCCUUGCGACAGCAGCUGGACGAAGCGGCCGAGUCUGCAUCGGCACUCCAAACCGAAACCGAGUCUCUGCGCACCCAACUGAAGCAGUCAGCGACAGAGAGGCAAGCAGCUGAAACCAGGAUCAGGUCUUUAUAUCAGGACCUUGACAGCCUCCAGGAGCUGCAUGAACACCUGAAGCAGUCCCAGAUUGCUCAAGCAGCCGAAUGGAAAGCCAAGCUUGAAUCUCUCAAGACGGACCACAAGCAACAGCUCGAGUCGAUAAUCCAACAGAGCCAUCAAGUUCAGCCGCAUUCACCACGACGCGGACGGCACAAUGAGCCCUUGCUGAUGGUUGACAGGUCCUGCGAAACGGAUCCUCAGGAGUCGUUCGCACAGGCAGAAGCUGUGUUGAAUAGUCCAGAUUCGACCAAGCCAGACCCGAUAAAGCAGAUUGCCGGAGCACUGCAAUCAGAUUUGGCGGCAUGGAAGGCGGCCGCAGAGGCAUACGAGGGAGACAAGACGCAGC